CAUGUCGGCUCCAGGAAUACAUGAAUACAACCAGGGGCUCAAUUACAACAGUUCUCGAAAGACCACACUGGAGAACAAACGCCCUAUCAUCGGCAAAGUCAGCAGCUUCUUCCAUAGAAGGAGUAUGGUAUCAACAGAAAGUGCUAUGCAUUAUUCCACUUUUAAUGGUGGCAACGGGGAAAUCAAGAGCAGAAAGUUGGAUGCCAUUUUAUCUAAAAAUGAAGAGAAUGAAACAAUCGAAGACGUCGAUGAUGCCUUUGAGCAGUUGGUGCGAGACUAUGGAUUGCCUUCCAACCUUAAAUCCAACUUGGAAACUUUGACAAUAGCACAGAAGAAGAAACUCUUAGAAUCGCAUCGACUAGCUCAACAUGAACGAACCAAAUCGGCUGUAUCCAUGCUUCCAACGGAUCGUAUGAGGAUACUACGGCCACUAAGCGUUUUGACAAAAGAUUCCGGGAUGCGACAAUCGACAAAAGGUCGCCAACAACGACCCAGCAAUAAAUCCACGUUUUUACCGGAGCAAGCAGCGCACAUGCUGCAUGUCAGCAACAUCAAUACCAUUGAUAUUGAUCAACUAACCGAAAUUCACAUCAUGCUAAAAAGUGCCUCCACAAGUUGGAGUGUCGAGUUUCUCAAAAUCGGCGGAUAUGGCGGAAUGACUGGCCAACUGGAACAACUGAACGACAUAGUGAAGCGGACACCAAGACAUGCAAAGGUCCUUCAACUGAUCGUCAGAUGCAUAAAGGCAUUGAUGACUCACGAUGUUGGCAUUCAAAAGCUGUUGACAGAGCCCGCCUGCUUACGGCUGAUUCGAGAUUUACUAUUUCCAAUUACAAGCUCCAACCGUAAAUCAUUGUAUGCGUUUGACAUACAUACAAGAUCACUCAUGCUUGACGUUCUUUGCACUUUAACCACCAUACAAACCUCACCUGACUGCAAUGAAUAUGUGCAUGGAUGGGACCUGUUACUCUCUUUACUUCAAGAUAACAGCCGAGACCGGGAACUGCUCAGCCAGGAAGACCAGAAAAAAGCCAAAAUUCCAUUCCUCAUCGAGGAUGAAACAGGGAAUGUGCCCAAGACAACCCCACGAAGGUUUACCAGCUGGAUGCGCGAGCUCAUGUUUAUCAUGGACAAGUAUAUCGAGCGCAUUGCAUUCCUGGCCGGAGCGCUGGAUUUCCGAUUCGAAAGUGCGUACCGCCAGCUCCGUGUCAGUCAAGAACAAGGACAUUCAAAGAUCAAUCUACAGAGAGACAGCGGAUCGGUCAUGGUGGACGAAGGAGUGGUUGAAUAUCUGGUAAGAUUGCAUUCAUGGUCGCGUGGAUGUUAAAAAAAGUCCUCAUGAUUGAUUGGCCCCAACACAGAUAACCCAUUUGAGGUUGAUAUGCACUGUCAUCACCAACCCGCCUACAUGCUACAAGAAACGGUAUGAAGCAG